AACUUCACAUACCAAGAUGGACUUCUUAGGGUAAGUUGAUCAAAUACGGGUGACACAGCAGCUUGACUAACAAUGAAGCAGUGUUUCGCGCGGCUCAAUCCGCUCAAAAGCUUUGAAGAAGAUUGCCGCCAUGUCCUUCAAAGAGGAAGAGCGUGGAGGUUAUGGCCGCAGCGGUUAUUACAUCAAUGGCUCCUUGGGGCUUGGUGGUGAUGUGUUGAAGUUGUCGAAUGCCAUAGACUAUAAGAAGCUGAGUGACGGGGGUAUUGGACCAAUGUCUCAUAAGGAGUUGGAGAUCUUGUUUGCGUUGGCUAGUGCAAGCUCGUAUGUUCGAACUGAGACUCAAGGUAAACAGUUGUUGAGUUUGUUAUCACCUUAUUUCUUGCAAUGCUCAACACAGGAGUUCAAGAGCAAUAUCAGCUUACAAUUAUCACCGUCUCCGUGGGACUACGUUACCAUGAAGUUGACAAGCUCGAUAACGACACUGGGUGAGAAGUUCCCAUCCUUGGAAGAUGACGUUGUGGUACUAUUUAAGCAGUACUUGGCUAGGUUUAAGAAGGAUGGUAUUUCAUUGUGUGCAUAUUUCAGUUUGUUGGGAUUCUUGAAAGCUCUGAUAGGCAGUGACUCAUCGUUCGAUGCUUUGAUUGUCGAUGACAUCAUCGACUUGUUCACAGAGCAGUUCUUUGACACCGUGGAGUCUGCAACACAAAACUCAUUACAAGAUGAGCACCACUUGACAUACUUAGUGGCUUAUUUGGCAUCAGGAGAUGAAUUCAACUCAUUAUUAUUUGCAAAGUUGGCUCAGGCGUUGUUUUCCCAUAUAGUUCUUACUACAAUCGCCAAAGAAGGAGUCCUUGAAAAGAAACAAGACUUAUCUCUCUCCGAAACGUUGUUAUCAUUAGCAGCUUUGGAUUACGACAGCGAUCCGGGUUCAGUUUCAAAGUUAGAAAGGGUAAAAACCGCUUUGAAUACGUCAGUUUUAGAGAAAUUGGUGCGGAGAUCAAAGGCUCAGAUCGACGAAUUGGACAACGGCGCACCUUACAUCAACCUUUCAUCGACAGAACGUGUUAACUUGGCUUUGUCCACCAAAAGUAUUGCUUUGGAUGUUUUAGCAGCAGGGUUAUUGGUGGAUUUGGUUUCGAACCAAGAAGUUACAGCUCUGGUUAAACUUUCUUUGAUUAACCCCAACGAAUCAGUCAAUCCUGAUUUAUCUCGUUCGUCGAUCGCUGUUGGUUCGUUGUUAACAUAUAAAGACAAGAAAAAUAUCAGUGCAGAGUUGAUCCAUUUAUUUCCUCUUAUUCUUUCAAAGCUCCCUUCCUCGACAGAUGUAUCUUAUAUCAAGAUGUUGUCAAAAAGCUUGGCUCUGGGAUUGAAACCUUUGAACCAAGAUUCUAUCAUUACAACAAUUUACUCGUUGGUCAAUUUGUUGGUUUCAAAUAACACAUCAGCGCCUGUCACUGCAAUGCGCGAGUUAAAAAUUCGAUCUACAACGAACAGCUUCAACCAUACGAGAGUGAAACGUUCAAGCACCAUAAAUUCUUUGAAGGAGACAGACCCUCUAGUAACCGCACCAGAUGGGAAACCUGUACAUGGCCAUAUAUAUAAGAAUGCAAUCACCUCUAUCAUUGAACUGACAAAGACUUAUGGUGAUGAAGCAAUAACAGUUCUUGCAGUGACGGUAUUGUCCCAAAAGUUUCAGUCAAAUACUUCUCCAUUGGGGUUUAACCUCUUGAAAGGAUUGUCAGAAAUUGCAACGUCACUAUCCCAUAAAGAAUUUUUGGCCUUGAUGAAACUGUUUGACAAUGCGCUUAUCACUCACAAGGAUAAUCCUGACUUUACAGCUGCAGUGAUUAAUGCAAGAGUUACAAUCUCAAAGACCCUCCAAGGUCAAACUGAUCACGAUUUAUAUUUUGUUUACUUGAACGAAAUGUUAAACAAUGUCGUAUCUCGUGGUGACGUUCGAAAGACCGACCAUAGAUCCCAAGGUGAAAUAUCAGAAAUUGCAAAGCAAAUCUCUUAUUUGAUUAAACCGAUUGCACAAUUGUUACCGGUUGACUCAAAGUUAUCCAACUUGGAUGAUACAACCCUGGUGCUGUUCCAAAAUUUUUGGUUUAACGUUGUCGUGCAUGGUUACAAUGAAACUUCUGAAUUGACUAAAAAAUACCAAACUGAACUUGAAAUCAUAGCACUCAAUUCACCUCCGCUAGCUUCUGACUUGAAAAGUGUUCGUGCGGAAACAUCAUUUGAAUUAAAUACCGUUUUGAGAAGAGGCUCUUCCAACCAUAAUGUUAAAGAUCAAAAGCAUAUUAUAAGCGGUAUUUCGAACAUCAACAGUCUUGAGAAAAGAACUUUAUCAUAUACAAAGUUGAUGUUCUUGUCUGCCACGUCUCUAUUGGAAAACUUGCGUGCAAAUACUGGCGAUUGUUCUACGAUCCUCUACUACUUUUCUGAUCCAUCCAUUGCCAACUCAAAUAUUGAAAGAUUUAUCGGUUCAAUUUCAAUCUCCGUCGUUCAAAAGUAUAUUCAAUUGACUGAGAAGAGCGGGAGUAAACAUUUUACAUGUGAUAAAAUUGCUGAUCAGUUGACUAAAAUUCUCAUCUUGUGUUGUCAUAGAGAAUACAGUCUUCAAGACGCAGCAUUCCAAUCCGCAUCUUUGUUCAUUUCUAGACUAACAUCUGGAUUGGUGAACCGUUUAAGUUUGUAUACUUUGCUUGAUCUCUUAACUGCAAUGUUUGACAGUGUUGUGGACUCCGAAAGAAGUAAAUAUCAACCACGUCGUGAGUUCACUUUGGCCCAUUCUCAGGAGAAGAUUAAAGUUUCGGACUCAAUCAAAUGGAAACGUUCAACCCUGGAGCGGCUACAUAGAAAUGCCAAACAAUGGUGCUUGUUGGCUCUGAGUAAAUCAAACCAGGAUCUAAAGGCUCUUCUUCAAUCAUACAUUUCGGACUUGGGACUACAAGUUAGGGCUAACCCUGUUCAAUUUGGUGUUACCUUUGCCAUGGAGAUGGCCGGUUCAAUUUUGCCUAAUGAUUUGGAAAAUUCAAAUGUGUCCAUGGCAGGUCUUGGUAAAGCAAACUCUAUUGCAGGUUUCCUGUCUGAAUACGGUUGGAGAGCCAAGCAUGACACUGGUUUGUCCGAUAUCGAUGGUGAUAGUAAGGAUCCGUUGAUGACUUUAAUCCGUGCACACAAGAGUCUCAUGAGUUCUGGUGAAUCUGUUCGUCUUGGUGAUCCAAACUUUGAAGCACGUGCUCACCUCUUGUUGUCUGAUAUUGCCGCAGUAUGGCAAACCUCCAUCAAGAAUAGGGUAGGCGUGUUUUCUAAGCAGUACGACUUGAUUGACGAGGGUUUCUUGAGAAUGGCUUAUACGCCAUCUGACCAGGCUAAAGUUAAUUACUAUGCCGAUCUUGCAUUGGAAGGCUUUGAAACUGAUUUCCAAGUGAUCAAGUUCUUCACUUCUCAUUUCGAAGGCACAAUGUAUCAGUCCGAAAAUAUUCUGAGGGUUUUCACUCGUGUGGUUUGUCUUGCGUUGGAACGCUCGAAAACUGCUAGUUUACAUCCAUAUGCGAGAUUGGUGAGAUUUGAACUUGUAAACUUUGGAUUUGACGUUAUGCAAGUGCAACUGAAGACUAAUCCACGUGUAGGGGCAGAAUUAGCAAACUUGAUAUUGGAGUCAAUAUUGUCCUGGUUCACUCAAUCUAGACAAUAUCCAUUCGGUGAUAACGAUUUGAGACUCAAAUCUGACUUAAACUUAUUGAAAACAGUCUACCGCAGAACUAUGAACAUGACAUUUUCCGCCAACUCCCUAUGGAAUAUUGACAUCAAGAGAACUCUAUGUUUGGCGUUCUUACACGACGAAAUUUCAAAGAUCAUCAUAUGGUUAAAUCCAUUAGAACCAGUUGAUUUUAAGGAGGAGCCUGUCAAAGUUGACGAAGUUAUGUUGAAAUUUGCAUACUCAAUGAACCCAGCUUUAGCUAUAAGUUUGGUAGCGAAGAUUCCAAGCUUGGACAAGUACCUUUUUGAACUGGUUGUAUCUAAACCAGUCGAUGCUCUUCCAUUCUACCAAUCAGUCAGGUAUUUACUUGCGUCACCGGAGAAUUACAAGUAUUUGAUCUUUGCAAAAGCUAUUGACCCGACUGAAUCUAUCAAUUUGUUUACUCCUCCUUAUAUUGACAAUCCAUAUGUGAUCCAGUAUAACAUGAGGGCGUUAGAAUCUCAGGAUAUUAAUUUGACUUUCUUUUAUGUCCCACAGAUCGUUCAAUGUCUUCUGAAUGAUUCUAUGGGAUAUGUUGCAAGAUUCAUUGCUGAAACAGGAAAAGUUAGCCAAAAGUUUUCCCAUCAGUUGAUUUGGAAUCUGAAAGCGAAUGCUGAAAACAAGGCACUUUGCUCACAAGAGAUGAUCAACCAAAUCAUUGAUUCGUAUGACGAUGAAGCUAUGGAGUAUUACAAGGCCGAGUUUGGAUUCUUUGAUGAGGUUACAUCCAUUUCAGGUAAAUUAAUGCCAUACCUGAAGAAAACCAAGGCAGAAAAGAAGAUUAAGAUCGAUGAAGAGAUGGCCAAGAUCGUUGUUGCUGAGAAUGUUUAUUUGCCAUCCAAUCCAGAUGGUGUUCUUAUUGAUAUCAACAGAACCAGUGGUAAGCCAUUACAGUCUCAUGCAAAGACACCAUUCAUGGCCACAUUCCGUAUUCGCAGGGAGGAGGAAAUUAGUGGUCAGAUGAUCACAGUUGAGAAAUGGCAAUCUGCAAUCUUUAAAGUUGGAGAUGACUGUCGUCAAGAUGUUUUAGCCUUACAAUUGAUUGCUAUCUUCAAGUCUAUAUGGGAGAAUGCCGGAUUAAACCUUUAUUGUUACCCAAAUCGUGUUACAGCUACUGCACCAGGUUGUGGUGUUAUUGACGUUCUUCCAAAUUCUAUAUCUCGUGAUAUGUUGGGUCGUGAAGCUGUGAACGAUUUAUACACUUUCUUCAAAUCCAAGUUCCCAGAUGGUGUUCUUGAGUACGAAGAUGCUGUGCAAAACUUUGUGAAAUCUCUCGCUGCUUAUUCUAUCAUAUCAUAUCUUCUUCAGUUCAAGGAUAGACAUAACGGUAACAUCAUGUAUGACGACCAUGGUCAUAUUCUUCACAUUGAUUUUGGGUUUUGCUUUGACAUUGUUCCUGGCGGUGUUAAAUUUGAAGCUUGUCCAUUCAAAUUGACGAAGGAAAUGGUACGCGUUAUGGGAGGCUCUAAUGAUACUGAAAGCUUUAAGAUGUUUGAAGAACUAUUCAUUAAGGGUUUCCUUGCUGUUAGACCGUACUAUGGAUUGAUUGUUGGUAAUGUUCAAAGUAUGCUUGCCAGUGGGUUACCGUGCUUCAAAGGAGAAAAGACGAUGAGAAACUUGAAGGCCAGAUUCUUCUUAGACAAGGACGAUAAACAGUGCAUCAAGGCACUGAAGGGAUUGAUCAGACAGAGUUAUGAGAGUCUUUUCUCUGUCGGUUAUGAUAAAUUCCAAAAGAUGACCAACGGUAUUCCAUACUAAGGGUGUGAGUUCUAUGGACACAUCAUUAAAAGUUGUGGGAGGGGGAGUGUUCCCCAUGUGAUAAAAAUACGAAAGAUGAAACAGACAAUACUAAAGAUACAGUUACAUCGUACCAUGUGUAACCGAUGCGUAGUUUUUCACGCUGUGUUUUAACCUCACUUGUAUGUAUGUAGUUGGCCUGUAAUGUCAAGAUACA